AUGGACCAACUUGACACUUGUAUUCGGAAAUCAAAGGAGCCACCUACCUUGAUUGACACCUCCGCUCAAGGCAAUGGUCAAGAAAUAGGGAACGUGAUAUUUGUUAAGCAAAUUGUUGAAAAUUCCAAAAGAGUAUCAAUCAUUGCAGUUGGCUAUAGGAGCUUAAAGAGACAAAAUAUGAUUCUCGAAUGGCUAAAUGAGAAAAAAUGUGUUCAUGUCGACAAUUAUUACGAAAUCCUUCGUUCCAUAAGAAAUACUGAACGCGAUGAGGGCUUAAAAGAAGUCUGUGAUUACAGAAGUAUCAAGAGAUUAAUUAGUAAAUUAACUAAAGAGGGUACGGUUAAAGUAAUUGAUAAAACUGCAACAUGUUCCAACGGAAGUACUACGGUUUCAUUCUUAUGCAGUCCUGAUAUCGAGAUGGAUGACGAAUUGCUGAAUAACCUUGUGAUUCAGUACAGUUUGAAGAUGGAAAAAGAUGCAAUUGGAAAGCAAAAUAAAUCUUUGCCUAAACAAGACGUUGUGGAGUUAUCUGUAGCGCAACAGUCUGAAAAUACCAUUCUUCCAAAAAGGGAGCCCGACGUUCAGCUUGAACAUAAUCCUCAUUGUUUUUUGUUUCUUACUGAUAUGAUUGAUUCUAUGUGGACAAUGGACAAUGUAGUUGAUGAUGAAGUAGGCCCAGAAGAAUCCUGGAGGCGAUCGCUGUCAGCUUAUAAAGGCAAAGUAACGUUAGAUGAUGGAUGGAUUAAUUUGGAAACUAUCCUUAAUGUCACUCCUUUAUCUGUCUUAUGCAAGCUAGUAUCUUUCCGUUACAAUAUUGAAGGACUAGAAGAGUACUUAGGAGAUAGUAAAACAGCCGAUACACUGUUCUACCGUUUACCGAUAAAAUUAAGGGAACAAUUAGAACCUAAUAGGAGUGUUGUUCGAUUUUGGAGAGAUCUGCAAUCCGUUUGCUUAUCAACAGAUAUCGACAAAUUAGCAAAGGUGGAAGAUGGGUUAACGAGACAAUAUAAGUAUCCUAAAAUUAGGCGAUUGAAGUCACUAAGUAAGAUUGAAAACAAUAAUUUAUCGAAGAUUAAAAGAUUAGCCAAGUUAAAUGAAGGGACACAUGAUUCGCAUUUAUUAGAAAAUAAAAAGGGCGAUCAAGUAUCUUCGUCUACUGCUGUAUCCACUUCUUCUCAGGCUAUUACAAAAUCGGCCGAAGUUAUAUCAAAGAAGCGGAAAAAAAAUUUUGGCAUUACGAAGGAUGAUAAAUUGCUCAAGAAACGUAAAAAUUUAUACACUCGCGAAGAAGAGGACAUGAUUUUAAUAUGCCAAGCUGUUAAAAUUGGCUUGCGGCAGAUUGGAGUUGCGAUUGGUUCUUGGUCCUUCAUACGAGAUGAAAUUGAGCGAUUACUUCCUUAUGCCGCUAGUAGGACCUCUGAAAUGCUUCGACAUCGCUAUGAUAAGCUUAUAAAGAAUCAAGAGUGUAUGAGGAAACUAGAUAAAUAUGUAAACGAAACUGUUAAUGUCAAUGUUACCGAAAGUUAUCCAGCUGCCCUUGCGCCGAAAAUUAAAAAUGUUGCAGAUAUUACGCGUGGGGUUUUACAACAACUUUUAAUGGCCUCGCUGUCAUUAAAGGGUGAACAAUAUAAUUCUAAUGAUAUCUAUAGGCUUCUUCAUACUUUUCCAUCUGCUGACUUAGAAAACGCCUUUGAAGAUCUUAAGCAGCGAGGCUUGAUUAAAAAGAUAUCAAUCAAGUUGGCGCUGCCUCAGCAAAUUAUAUGCUUGAAUGCUCAGAGUGAUGAUUCGACUGUUUAUACGCAGAAAAAGACGUUAUAUGUAGGCAAUAAUGAAGUGUCUAACGAAAAUUUGUUAGUUUGUGUCGAGAAGGAAAUAGUUACAGAGAAUGAAGGCGUUGGCGAAUCAUCUUUUGCUAUUCGAAACACAACCACUUAUGACAAUUUAUUGCUAAAUUCUUGUGAUAUUCAAUGCCGAAUUAAACAACAAAACUUUCGUGAGGAUCAGAUUACUGGCGAAGGUAUUUCUGAAGACAUGUUAUCCUUCCGUAACGAAAUAACAACGUCAGCAAUCCAGCCGUGCGAUACAAAUAUUGGCAUGAAACUUCUUGGACAAAAAUUUAGCUACGGUGAAGCAUUAUUAUCCUUGGUAAAGAAUAUUCUGAAUAUUGUCAGGAAAACGAAUUCUAUCGGAAUAACUAUUAAAGAUUUAAAGGCAAAAUUAACCCCUUGUAACGACGAUUAUGUUCAUACAUUAGAUGAAGUAUUGCGAGAUCUUAUCAAUUUAGAAAUGGUUUACAUGAUUGGAUUUACUGAGAAGCGCAUUGUGGCAAAUGAUUUUAUAAAGCCUUGGUCAUUUAGAAUAAUAAAUAGUGAUGAAACUGAUAAUAAAGGUAUCUGUAGCGAUACCGAAAAUCUAAGUAAAUUAUUUAUUGGAAAACCAUGGUAUAAUGCUCGCGGACAGAUGGUUAAAGACACAAUAUUGCAAUACGAGCAGUCUAUCCUUUUAUACAUUUUGACCAAUCCUGGCGUGACCAAGAUGAAAAUUAUCGACAGAUUUAAAGACGUGAUACACGAUAGUGUAAUUUUGGACAUACUUGAGGCAUUACUUGGUAGUUCCUGUAUUCAUCGAGAAAUGUAUGCACAACCAACUAAAAUUACAUUAUUUUCAUGUCCGGAAGACUCAAUGCUUCGACCAGUUUCUACCAAAGAUGAUCAAGUGGAUAAAGUAGACAGGAAAACAUCUCUAUCGAGUGAUGGUAGCAACGGGAUUCUGGCUAGUAUAGAAGAUAAAAUUGAUCAAGAUGAUCUAAAUCAAUUGAAGCCAGUUAUAAACGACAUACGAUCAAUAACAUCGUCUACGGUGGACAGAAAUGUUAGAACCAUUAUUGAUAUAUUAAGUGGCAACAAACAAGACGGUCGAAAAUUUGACUAUAAACGAUACUUCAAAACAGCAACAAUAUGUCGGCAAAUCUUAGUAGAAAUAUUAUCGUAUUACCCUCUAACUUGUCAACAAAUUGAAUUAUUAUUACCCUCUGUUCGUUUACUCACUGAUAAAUUUCGUGAAAUAAUUAACUUUGAAGAGAAAGAUCAGCAAGCUGAAAGUUGUUAUGAUGACCAGUUAGGAAAGGAUAAUUCUAAAUAUCAACAGCGAUCAUCCGUUGAUCUCUUAUCGAUAUAUGCUACCUUUAUGGAAUUAUUAAUUAUCGAAGAUUUAAUCCGCCAAAGUACCAGUUUACAUCCAGUUCACGUUGCAUAUUGCUAUGCUCAAUGGUAUCAUCGUUGUCAUCAAAUUUUACGUAAUAAUAACCGUAAAAUAUUAUUUGAAUUAAUGAUGGACUUGAAAGACCAUCUUAUUGACUAUCAAUACUGCUAUAUAGCAAUAGAUUGUUUAAGUCAAAUCAUUCAAUCAUCAUAUUGUUCUUAUGAUCUAAAAUUGAUCGCUAUUUAUGGUACUGAAUAUCAACCUAGUAUUGCUAAAGUCAGUAUAUUAGGUUAUAAAGAUUUAUUAGAUUACUGCCUUCAUCGUUUACCUUAUAAUACUCGGCAACUUAAAAUUGUUGUCUAUAAGUGGCUAAUGGAUAUGCUAACGAUUAUACAACUUCCGUCAUUAUCCGAUACAUUACGAAAGCCCCUUUAUGAUGAAUUAAAGCAACGUCUAGUCUGUAUUCCCGCUGAGAUACGACACCAAUGCCUUCAAGAUUCAUUGAUUACUGAUUCACAGCUUCAAUUAAUUCUACAAGAAUCUGAGACUCCCCAUAGCCCGCAACGAGAGCAGCAAGGUCGACAAAAGCAACAUGAAAACCAUCGAGAACAACACCAAGAACAACAACGACAACAACAGGAACAGCAGCAGCGGCAACAACAGCAAUAUUAUCGAUGCUUCAUCGAUAAUAUUGAACUACCUAAUUCUAUUAUCGGUCAACCAUUUCAAUUAAUAUGUUUGCCUAGUCGAUUUCCUAACUUUAUGAGAAACCAUGAUCAUUUAAUGGGUAUUGAAAGUCAGUUAAAAAAAAAUAAAAAUUGCGCUAUUCAAGGUGAGUCUGGUCUUGGUAAGACAACACUUGCAAUUGAAUACGCUCAUCAGCAUCGCCAUUUUUAUGAUAUUAUUUAUUAUUUCGACGCCUCCAGUAUAUUAUCUUUGCAACGGGAUUUUAUUAGAUUAGGUAUCGAGUUAUGUCGUAGUAGUCGAGUUCAUUCUUUUCGAUUUACCUUAUAUGAAAAUUUAUGCCAACUGCUAGGUCAUUAUAAUGAUAUCGCGAUCAAUCCUCAUGACUAUAAUUAUUAUGAUGAUAAAAUAAUAUCCUUGAUGGACAGGAUCUAUUACGAUCAUGGUUGGAUAUUUCAUCCAUGGUUGAAAUCAUUUAUUAGCCUAAUCAUUGAUAUUUUACAAAGUCAUCAUUCUGCUUUAUUAAUUUUUGAUGAUAUUAGAUACCUACAGUGGAUAAAAACCUAUCUACCAGGUGGAGAGAAUAUUCAUGUCAUUCUUGUUUUUGAUCAAGUCCAUAAUGAUGAUACAAUCAGAUUUAUUAAAGUUAAACCGUUAUCGUCGGAAAUAUCGCGUCGAUAUUUACAGAAAGUUCCUCUGGCCAAGACAACAACAUCCAAUGACGAUACUCAAGCUUCAGCAGCUGCUACGACCAAUGCUACUGCUAUAGCUACUACUACCAAUGCUACUACUACUACUACUGCUACUACUAAUAGUAGUACUACGGUUAAUACUAAUACUAAUCAAAACGGUCAAAAUGGUGGUAGGAGAAUAUCUCGACAAUAUCUUAACCGUCUAAAUGAUUCAUCGCCAUUAACAAUAUUAACAGAAUUAUGUCAUGGCUGUCCAUUAUUAUUGCACUUUAUUCGGUCCUAUACUCAAGUAAGUCAUAUUACAUUAGGUGAUUAUUAUCAAGAAGUUGUAAAUGAUAUUGCUCCGUUAACCUACUCUAAUCAAUCAAAUCGCCAUCUAAUGACCGUUGCAGUAGCAAUAAUCUUAGUCAAACCAGCUGUUACCUCCAUAUUUCAACAGUAUCCAAUUGCAGCAGAAUUGUUAACCUUUAUUUCAUUUGUAUCACCGCGACAUAUUGAUAAAAUUGAAUUGCUCCAUUACCUAAAUUAUAAUAGCCAUAGUCGCCAGGACUUGAAUUUUGCUAUUCAAAUACUCUAUAAUUAUGGUAUGAUUAAUGAAAGUUGCCAUGGUUACCGUAUUCAUUCCAUUAUUCAAAAUGUUGUCCAUAUGAAAUUGAAAGAUGAGAAAAUCUAUCAACAAACUAUCGAUUCUAUCUUAACCUAUUUCUUACAUCAAUUUGAAGAAUUAGAAAAGAUCUCAACCCUCUAUCCAUAUUACAAUCGACACCAAUUCUAUUAUGAAUUGGUUGUCCAUGCCGAAUAUUGUUGUCGUUAUGCUAAUGGCAAUCAUCAUAAUUUAGCUGAAAUUGCGGCCAAAAUUAAAUUACAUUUAGCUAAAUGUUACUUACAGUCCUACUGUUAUACACAAGCAGACGACUAUUGCCAAGCGUCAUUACAAUAUUUCAUGAAUCAUGAUGGUGUAAAUGAUAGUAAAACGUGCCAAUGUUAUGAUAUUUUAGCUCGUAUCGAUUAUGCCACUGGUCAAUUUCAAUCAGCAUUAGAUUAUCUUCAGUUAUCGUUAAAAUGUAAGCAAGAGUUGUUAGAGCAAUCGCAUCAUAUACAAUUUAUUCCUUAUUAUCGACAAUUAUUUCAAGUUUAUUGCCGUUUACAUCGAUAUGGCGAUGCUAAAUCAACAUUACAAUCACUUGAAACAGCUUAUCGAGAUAAUUCCAAAUCAAAUAGGCUAGCUCAACUUUAUUGUCAUUAUGAUUAUAUUUCAUUCUAUUAUUUUCAAGGUAAUUAUGACCAAGCACUAACUCAUUGCCAACAUGGGGUUGAUUAUGUUAGCAGGAUCAAUCCACAAGAUGAGCGACUAAUACAGCAAUUAAAAUAUCACUCAGGCUUAAUAUAUUUAGCCAUGGCUGAUAUCCAUUGGAGUCAAAGUCAAUUAACUAAAGCAAGUCAAUACCUUAAUCAGUCACAAACUAUCCUAAAAGUGAUAACAUUAGAUAAGCACUUUUGUCGUAGCCGUAUUGCAUUAUUACAUGGACUAAUUGCCCUUUCGCAAGGUAAAUAUGAUGACGCAUUAAAUAACGGUAAACAAGCCCUCAGCAAUGCCAUUAUCAAUUACGGCGGUAAACAUAUUUAUGUCGCUCGAUUGCAAGAUAUCAUGGGAGAUAUUUAUAAGAGAUUACCCGAGCAAAACGAGUUGGCAUUGAAAUCAUAUAAUGCGGCAAUAUUAUUAAAGAAAGGAAUUUUAAACGCUGAAAAUGCGGAUAUAACAAAUACUUAUAUUAAAUUAGGUGGACUAUUGCGUAUGAUGGGUAAAUUUGAUAAAGCAAUUACCUUACUAGAGAAAGCAUUAAAUCUUCAAAAAACAAUCUUUGGAGAUCAUCACUUUCAAUUAAGUACAACUUAUGAUGUAAUAGGGCGUAUACAUACCGCAACUCAAGAUUACGUUUUAGCACGACGAUAUAUUGCGACAGCUAUCCAAAUUAAACAAGCAGCAUUUGGUGAUAAUCAUUUCAAUCUUGCGAAUAGUUAUAAUUUUCUAGGUGAAACUUAUAGUAUUGAUGGUAAUCAUAUACAAUCACUCGAUCAUUUUGGUACAGCUGUAGCACUAGCUAUGCAAGUCGAUGAUUCUAAUGUAUUUGAAUUAGCACGUUAUUUUAAUAAUCAUGCUGUUGCAAUCUUUAAUACAAGAUCCAAUUAUGAAGAUGAAAACGAACGUAUCGAGUUAGUUUUCUAUUUCUUAAAUCAGUCAUUAAAGUUAAAAUUGCAAUCACGAGGUGAAUACAGUCGUGAAGUUGAAGAAUGUUAUCAAAAUUUUGCUAAUUUCUAUCAACGCCUAGCUAUUAAUGAAGAACAAAAGGUGGAUGAAUCAAUAAGUAAUAGAGAGAUACAGGAUACUCAACUCCGACAAGCACUGGAUUAUUAUAAGAAGAUUCUAAAGAUCCAAUUAAAAGUUCAUAGCAACGAUAGCUUAGAAAUUAUUGAAACAUGUCGCAAUAUUGUUAUAAUUCUCAUUCGUUUUAAUGAAUACGAUGACGCCCUAGAGCAUCAAAAAAUGAUAUUAGAAGUUUAUAUGAGACGUAUAGGAAACGAAAAUAUUCAAGUUGCAAUGUGUUAUUAUGAAAUGGGUGAAAGUUAUAACCGGCUACAAGAUAAGAAAAUGGCUAAUUUAUGCUUACAAAAAGCUCUAGCAGUUGGUAAUAAUUGCGAAGAUUUAAGAGAAGACUUUUUAGGCGAGAUUAAGGCUAAAAUUAAAGAGAUUAAUCUACAAAAUAAAUCACGAUUAUGCACUCUAAUCUAA